AUGUCGGUCAACAACAUCGGGAUGAUGGACGGCGCCUACUUCGUGGGGCGCAACGAGAUCCUCUCCUGGAUCAACACCACGCUGCAGCUCGGCCUCGCCAAGGUCGAGGAGGCGGCGCCGGGCGCGGUGGCGUGCCAGCUCAUGGACGCGGCGCACCCCGGGGCGGUGCCCAUGCACAAGGUCAACUUCGACGCCAAGAACGAGUACGACAUGAUCCAGAACUACAAGGUCCUACAGGACGUCUUCACCAAGCUCAAGAUCACCAAGCACAUUGAAGUGAAUAAGCUCAUCAAAGGAAGGCCCCUAGACAACCUGGAGUUCAUGCAAUGGUUGAAAAGAUACUGUGAUUCUGUCAAUGGAGGUUCCAUGAGCAGCUACAAUGCCAUUGAGAGAAGAGACAGCAGCAAGGGUGGCAAAGAGACUAACAGAAGGACGUCAGUGACAUCUCACGCGCCUCCCAAAUCUGCAUCUGCAACCAACAAAGCUCAGGCUUCGUCACAUGGGGCUAAGAGGGCAAAUGGACAUGCUUCAAAUGCUCCACAGCGAAGCGCAAAGCCAGCUCCAGCUAACACUGCAGGACCAGCUUAUGAUGCACAGAUGACCGAGCUGAAGCUCCUUGUUGAUAGUGCUGAGAAAGAGAGAGAUUUCUAUUUCUCCAAGCUGCGGGAUGUUGAGAUCUUGUGCCAGAGCCCUGAGGUCGAGCACUUAGCAAUUGUGAAGGCUAUUCAGAAGAUACUGUAUGCAUCUGAGGACGACCCCUCGACUUUGGCGGAAGCACAGGCGGAGAUGGUGGCGCAGCAUAACCAGCAGCUGCAGCAGCAGCCAAUGCUGAGCCCCAUCCUGGAGGCAUCAGAGGCCCCGAGCAUCACCCCCAAGGACUCGUCUGAGGAGAGCUUGAUGAGACAGGAAGCAGCUGCGGCGCACAAGAGGAAGAGUAUCUCUGACAUGGAGGAGUUCGAGAUGGGUUCAAGCUCCAGGCUGAGGCUCUCCGACGUCUCCGACGUGCAGCUGUGCGGUUCACCCUUGAUGAGCUUCACCUGAAAGGAGGAACUGAUUGUUCUUGCAGUGUGGGAGGAGUUGUCAUAUCUUGUUAUGACUCGUCAGGUUGUUGGACCGCUGGAGUUACAUGGUGUCUCUCUGUUGGUGUUUGGAAUGUUUGCUUUGUGGUUUUGUUUGUUUGUAUGGUGGUAUAAUGUGUGUGCUCUUGUGAGACUGGAGGUGAUCAUGCUUAUGUGAU